AACACUCAACCCAGGGACAAAGAACAUACAGAUGGGAUGGUGGAAGUGUAUGUGAAAUGGGAGGCAUUCAAAGAAUAUCCAGGGAAGUUCAUUACAAAACUUAAGGUCUUAAAUGAUUCUAGCCUCGCAGAUUUUCGGAAGCUGAUCGAAACACAUCUCGGCAGAGACAAUAGCAAGCAAGCAAUCACAUUUCUCAUGCUUGGGGAUCCGUCGGGGGCUCCGGUGACAGAAGAGAAUGAAGCGACUAUUCAGGCCAGCAAACUACCUAAUUACAACAGCCAUGUAAGUAGCCACCUCGCCUGCUUACGUCCAAUCAAGAAGGCGAUCCAACGGUCGGAUCAUCUUCCACUUACCUCAUUGGAAAACAGGCUUCUAAUUGCUUCGAAUUCACCAUCCAAAGGGGAAGGCUUCUUCCCAAAAAUUAGCCAGAAGUUCGGCAGUGCUCCAUUUCUUGCAGGGCUACCGAUAUAGACGUGUGAAGCCUGUAUGAUUGUGUAUAUGUAUGAUUGUCUACAACUGCAACUCGAUUCGGGCUGGAUGGAUGUCAUCGUCUCCUUUUCUUUUUUCUUUUUUUGCAAUUUUUGUAUUGUUGGCGGGUAGGUAGUGUAUUAUCUUGUGUGGUUUUUUCAAUGGAAGUGACCUCUGUAACUUUUUUUUUUUUGGGUGAUUGAAGGUUUGGAUUUUUGGUGCCAUUUCUAGCCGAACUUGUUUUGAA